AAAUUAUAAAGUUGUAUGUACAAGACUCGUACACGUUUCUGUGUUUUUACUGUUUUUGGUUACCGCUCUACAAAUUCACUAGCAACGUAGAGUUGAGCUUCAGUUCCUCCGUUAUCUCGUCGAAUCUUUGUGGUGCUGUUGAUUCAGUGACUUAUAAGAGACAGGACUCAUUUUAGAGAUAGAACUCAUAUUUUGUGGUGUUAUUAUCUACUAGUGCCGUAAGGUUAAAUAAUGCCUAUUACCGUGUGUUGUGUCAACUCUUGUCUUGCCAAGGAUAUAGUAAUGUUUUACUUUCCUCGAGACAAAAACAUGCAAAGCCUUUGGCUUUCUUAUGUCGCUCCUCAUAGCCCAGAACUUCUUCAACUGUCAUCGAAACAAUUAGCCAAAAAGAAGAUUUGUAUCAGGCAUUUCGAACAUCAAUAUCUUGACGGCUUCACAAGGAAAUACCACGGUUAUCCUACUCUACUGACUGAAGAAGAAAUAGCUUGUGGAGUACCCAGUCAAUCCAUCACUGACUAUUAUAAUCAUACUUACUGUAAAAGAAGGCAAGGUAUGGAAGAAGCAUCUCCUGAAAUAAUUAAAAAGCCAAAAUAUAGUAAAGAAUACAUGCUGGUUAAUUUAGAUGGUUCACAAAAUAGUAAAAGAGAAAAUACUGGAAAGACUUCUGUGUCAGAUGACAUCACCAUGUUGUCAAAGCCAUCAACUUCUCAGGAAAGUUAUUACAUCUCCAUGUCAUCAAAACCAUCAACUUCUCAGCAAAGUUAUGUCCCCAUUUCACCAAAGCCAUUGACAAUUCAACAUACUGAUAAAAACAAAUGUAUUAAGCUUGUAAAAAGUAGACCUCGACUUGUAACCAAUAUUAACAACUUAACUCCAAGAUGUCGAAGGUUGUACUUUAAGUGUAAAGAUAUGAUUAAAAGAAAGCGAUUUUUUACAAGUAAUGAAGAUAACAAACAAAACAUUGCUCAUGUAGAAAUUCUUAGCAAUACCAAAAGUUUUAGAAAAUUAAUAGAAAAGUUAGAUUUCUUUCCAAAAAAGUUUAUAGCAUUGCAGCUGAGGUUUGCUGGUAAAGCUUCAAAAGGGAGAAGGUAUAAUAUUGAUGAAAAAUUAAUGAGCAUUGCACUGUAUAAACAGAGCCCCAAGGGGUAUUCCCUUCUACAAAAAUUAAUCUCUUUACCAACCAAAAGAACACUGAAUAGAGUUUUACAAAAUAUUAAAUUUGGAGAAGGUAUAAAUGAAAACUUUUUUGCAAUUUUAAAACAAAAAAUCAAAACAUGGAGUAAUGCAAAAAAACUGUGCAGCAUUGUUUUUGAUGAAGUUCAGUUAUCUGCACAUUUGAAUUUUGUUGCAAGCAAUGAUGAAAUUGAGGGGUUUGUUAAAGCAGAUGGGCCCCCAAAAUUUGCUGACCAUGCUUUGGUAGUGAUGCUCAGAGGUAUUUGUGCAUCAUGGCGACAACCAGUAGCUUACUAUUUUUGCCAAGGAACUACACCACCAGCUACCUUGAAACAUAUUUUAAAGGAUAUGGUUAAGAUAGUAUUUGAAUCUGGAUUAAAGCCUUUAGCCUUCAUUUGUGACCAGGGAGCUACAUCACAGCAUGCUCUUAAAGAUCUUCAAGAAGAGACUAAGAGACAUUGUUUUCAAAAUAAUAUAAAAUUUGAUGGUAGUAUCCUAAUUGGGGGAAGUAACUUAAGUGUGAUCUAUGACCCUCCACACUUAAUAAAAGGCCUACGCAACAACAUGUUGAAUAAGAAUUUAAUUUUUGAGGGAAAACUAACAAAAUGGGAAGACAUUGUAGAUGUUUACAACUAUGACUGUAAAUUGGGAAAUAUAAGAAUGCUCCCAAAAUUGUCAGAUGAGCAUGUUAUACCAGAAAAAAUAAAGAAGAUGAAAGUUAAGAACUGCACUCAAGUCUUCAGUGAACGUGUAGCUGCCACAAUGCAGUAUACAGCAACUUUUUCUCAGUGACAUGACGGAACACAAAUCAGUGAAACAACAAAAAAUACAGCUGCAGCAGUUGCUUUCUUUGACCAAUUGUUCGACAGUUGCAAUGGUUCAAGGUCUGGUGGGGCUCCAGGCUAAAUACGAGGUCCAGUCAAACUGAAUAGUGCCCACAAAGCAUUUUGGAUUGAAGCCAUUAAGAAGUUUAAAAAAAUGCAUUUCAUUCCAAAAAGUUCUUUAGAAAAAGCUACAAUAAAAAAUGUACCAACAUUAAACAAUUGGGUUACAACACUAGAAAGCCUAAUAAGAGUGAGUGAAAUAAUGCAAUCGGAGGGGGUCAGUUUCUUUUACACGAGAAACCUAAAGACCCCCUUGAAAAUUUCUUUGGCAAAAUAAGAGCAUAUAAUUAUAGAUAUACCAACCCCCAUACAUUUUCGUUCCGAAACUCUUUUAAAUCAUUAUUAAUGACGGACAUGCUGGCCAUCCACACAAAAAAUUUUAAUUGUGAAGAUGAUAUGGGGGAGACCAUAUUAAACAUAACAACUUUAUUGAAUGUGGAAUUUGCUUCAGAAGAACAACCAGUUUCCGAUAGUAAUGAUAAUAGAAACCUUAGUUGUUCAUCUGAAGUAAAUUUAUCAGGAAAUAUGGUCUCCAUAUUUGAAGAAAAAAUAAAUGUAAAUGCGAGGAGUUACACUUCAGGAUAUAUUAUAAGAAAACUGUGUCAGAAUAAAUGUAAAAAUUGCAAAAAAACAUUUUUAAAUAAUGAGGAUCAGCAGCUUAGUGUCCAUGAUUUAAUUAGACACAGGGAGCGAAAGCACCUUAAAGGGAAAAAUCUUAUGUACCCUAGUACAAGAUUUAUUGUAGCAUUUUCAAAAUUAGUUGAUUUAAGUAAUGUGGUAUUAAAUAAUUCCUUUCCCUUAUUAAUAUAACAAAUAAAGAAUAAUGAAAAUAAAAGUAAUCGAUAAACUCAAUGCACAUCCCUAUCGCUGCAAAAUCUAUCGAUAUCAUGGAUGAUCUAUACACGCCAACACUAACAAGGUAGCCAUCUAGCGGGAAAAAGCUUGCCCUCCAAACUCGCUACGGCGACGUACUGUCCUAUCUGUCUUGUACAUACUACUUUAUAAUUUGUGCUGUGCCUCUCGAUUUCAAUUUUCAACUACGUGAUAGGCUUGUGCAAAAAAUAUCGAAAUAUCGAUAUCUUUUAAUAAAAAUAUCGUCGAUAUUUUAAAAAGCGAUAUAUCGAUAUUUAUUUUAGAGUAUCGAAUUCGUAUCAAAUUCGAUAUAUUUUAUAUAAUUUGAUACAUGUAACAAUAAAAGGAGGUAUAAAAGUAUUC